AACUUUUUUGUUACAUGUCCCUUUGCUUAUCUGUCCGCAUCUUUUCUUUGCUUUGAAUAUAAACUUCUUUUUCCUUAAGAGAAAUGAUUGUAGAGUAAUAAUUGCUACUUGCCUGUACCUAUAUAUGUGGGCUUCUUCAUCUGUUUACUAGUUUGAGCUAGCUUCUCCAGUUGUGAAACAAACUUAUUAAUUUUAAGAGUUGAAAAUGGGAAGGCAGCCUUGUUGUGAUAGAGUUGGAUUGAAGAGAGGUCCAUGGACUAUUGAAGAAGACCACAAGCUAGUUCAUUUUAUUCUCAGUAAUGGCAUUCAGUGUUGGCGAACCGUUCCCAAGCUUGCAGGGUUGCAAAGAUGCGGCAAAAGUUGUAGAUUGAGAUGGAUUAAUUAUCUGAGACCUGACCUCAAAAGAGGGGCGCUAUCUGAAGCUGAAGAGGAUCAGAUUAUACAACUCCAUGCUCGUCUUGGUAACAGGUGGUCUAAGAUAGCAUCAUACUUUCCGGGGAGGACAGAUAACGAGAUCAAGAACCAUUGGAACACUCGGAUUAAGAAGAGAUUACAGCUUAUGGGAAUAGACCCUUUAACUCACCAGCCAAUUGACAUGGAAAAAUAUCAACAUGAACCUGAUCAAACAGAGAAAUGUGAUAAAAGAAACGAACCAGAGAACUUCAUUGAAAAUACUAAUGAUGUUUCACUACCAAACAAUCCACACCACAAUAUGUUGAGUGACAGUUUUAAUGUGGACUUAUGGAACAAAAGUGGUAACACUAUGUCCACUUGUUAUAGCCCUUCAAUUUCUUUGGAGGCUGAAGAAUCUAUCAACUUGUCAACGACAACAUCAGCUGCUACUGAAUCAUCAAGUAAUGUAGCUGCACUCACAGAAGAACAAGAUUCUCUACAGCAAUGGAUGGAUUCAAUUUUCUCAUGUGCGGUCAAUCAACUAGAAGAAGACCUCAUCUUUUUGAGGAAAUACAAUUAAUUAUCGCGCAACUUUUCUUUCUCUCUCUCUCCCUGUUCUUCAUUUUCUUGAAGAAUAGCAUUGUUCAAGUUUCCUCUUUGUUACUUUGGCUGUAAUUUAUAUUUCUGUUUUGCUGUAGCUUAGUGAAAUUUUAAUCGUAAUUUUAUAAAUGAUACUUGUGUUGAGUAGCAAACGCAAUCCCACAUCGAAAAAAUAGAGGGAACAUGUCCAAUA